CCUCCCCGUCCCGUCAUCCUCCGCGCUAAGAUGUCGGCGGCGAUCGCCGCGCUCGCCUCCUACGGCGGCUCCGACUCGGAGCCUGACUCGGAGCCCGAGGCCGAGGGCGGCUCCCAGCGCUCCGCCGCCGUGCUCGCCAGCCGCGACGCCGUGCUGCACCUCUGCCCGCCGCCCGCCGCGCCCCCGGCCCUGCCCGUCGAUGCGGCCCCGGAAGUAGCCGUGAAGGAAGAUGUGGAAACAGGAGUCCACCUUGAUCCUGCUAUCAAGGAAGUUCAAUACAAUCCCACUUAUGAAACUAUGUUUGCACCUGAGUUUGGACCAGAAAACCCAUUUAGGACUCAACAAAUGGCUGCACCUAGAAAUAUGCUUUCUGGAUAUGCAGAACCAGCUCACAUCAAUGAUUUCAUGUUUGAACAACAAAGAAGAACAUUUGCAACCUAUGGUUAUGCAUUAGAUCCCUCCAUAGAUAACCCCGAAGUUGCUACCAAGUAUAUUGGUUCUGUAGAAGAAGCUGAAAAAAAUCAAGGUUUAACAGUGUUUGAAACAGGACAGAGGAAAAUUGAGAAAAGAAAGAAAUUCAAGGAGAAUGACGCAUCUAAUAUUGAUGGUUUUCUGGGACCAUGGGCAAAGUAUGUUGAUGAAAAAGAAGUAGCCAAACCAUCAGAAGAAGAGCAGAAGGAGCUGGAUGAAAUAACAGCUAAGAGGCAGAAGAGAGGAAAACUAGAAGAUGAUAAACCUGGAGAGGAGAAGACUAUAUUACAUGUUAAGGAAAUGUAUGACUAUCAGGGGAGAUCUUAUCUUCAUGUCCCGCAAGAUGUUGGAGUUAAUCUUCGUUCUACAGUGCCACCUGAGAAGUGCUAUCUUCCAAAGAAACAAAUCCAUGUGUGGUCGGGACAUACAAAGGGUGUCAGUGCAGUUAGAUUGUUUCCUCUGUCUGGGCAUAUACUGUUGUCUUGCUCUAUGGAUUGCAAAAUUAAGCUAUGGGAAGUAUAUGGUGAUCGAAGAUGUCUACGAACUUUUAUUGGACACAGUAAAGCUGUUCGAGACAUCUGUUUUAAUAAUGCAGGCACUCAGUUUCUUAGUGCUGCAUAUGACCGCUAUCUUAAACUCUGGGACACUGAAACAGGGCAAUGUAUUUCAAGAUUCACGAACAGGAAGGUUCCUUAUUGUGUCAAGUUCAAUCCUGAUGAAGAUAAACAAAAUCUCUUUGUUGCAGGAAUGUCAGAUAAGAAAAUUGUGCAGUGGGAUAUUCGAAGUGGUGAGAUUGUGCAAGAAUACGAUAGGCAUUUGGGAGCUGUCAACACCAUUGUGUUUGUGGAUGAAAAUAGAAGGUUUGUGAGUACAUCUGAUGACAAGAGUUUAAGAGUCUGGGAAUGGGACAUUCCUGUAGACUUCAAGUACAUUGCUGAACCAAGCAUGCAUUCCAUGCCAGCUGUGACUUUGUCUCCAAAUGGGAAAUGGUUGGCUUGCCAGUCAAUGGAUAAUCAAAUUCUGAUUUUUGGAGCUCAGAACAGAUUCAGAUUAAACAAAAAGAAAAUUUUCAAAGGUCACAUGGUAGCUGGCUACGCUUGUCAAGUGGAUUUUUCACCUGAUAUGAGCUAUGUGAUAUCUGGAGAUGCAGAUGGAAAACUAAACAUCUGGGACUGGAAGACGACAAAACUCUACAGCAGAUUAAAAGCACAUGAUAAAGUCUGUAUUGGUGCAGUGUGGCAUCCACACGAAACAUCUAAAGUCAUCACAUGCGGCUGGGAUGGUCUUAUUAAACUGUGGGACUAAAGAUGAGGCUACAAAGACCUAAAGAUGCAAGUCCUGCACACAUCUGAGAUUAGAAUGAAUUCUGCUGUAAGGAUGGGUAGAUGUGUGUAAUACUGCAGUUCUCAGCUUGCUGUAUAUAUGCACUAAGAUCCAAGAAAUCUUCAGAAGACUCAGCUGAAAGGAUAUAGUUCUAAAUAUGGCAUCUGGGUAUGAGGAGCUGAGGUCAUCUGAAGCAUGCAGAAUCACAUGUUAGUUUGUCCUGUCACUGCUUGUGAAAAACACUCUUGUAAAAUAAAAUAAUUUUAAGAAAAACUAUUUUUGUGGGUCUGGCUGUCAAGAGAUGUGGAGAGUCAAAGGAGAAAACCAGCAAUUGUUAACUUUCUUCCAAAAAAAGAAACCUUUGGUACCUACUUCAAGAGCUGGAAAAGAUGUGUUUCUUUACCUGGUUUUAGGUGGUAUUUUGUUGUCACCAAAAUACUUCUGCCUUUAUAAAACACAAACCCACUUACUGAGAUUUGUUAAUUCGGAGUAGAAAUGAAGAACUAAUUGGAAGCUAUCACUUGGCAGGUAAAUUCUGUCAACUGAAGACUGCAUUCAUACCUAGUCUUAGUUUCUGUCUGUAGAAUCAUGAUGAUGACUGACUUUCACCUUUGCCAGUAGUCUUCACUUUCAAGAUUUUGUAAUGGUUGGGUGCUAUGUGUUUGGAUUUUGUUUCCCAUAUGUUGUUUUGUUCCAGUAAGCAUGACAUAUUAGAAAAAAAAAGA